AUGGCUCACGUAGCCCAAUCAACCGCCCAACAAGCGAUCGCAAUGCAAAACCAAACGGAACCCUCCGACUACGAGGAAGUAGCUCCCAAACAACCCUUAACCACUCCACAAUCUGCUGCAGAACCUUCGAAUGCAUCUCCACCGAGCACUGCAGGAUCUUCUUCAACACAAAACCGCAAACGAAAACAUAACGACGAAGACGACGGUCCACCAAGUCGGAGAACAUCUACUUCUUUCCAACGUGGAUCUCCCAGUUCGAACAUAGGAGGAGGUGCUCAAGGUCCUGGAUUCAUGCCUGUUAAUACCGGCUCUAGCUAUGCGAACUUGAGCUCGCCGCCUCAUACAUUACCGCCUGGGACGAGCACACUAAACGGAAUCAGCCCGGUAGAACACCAGCUGUCGCAAAUGGGAGCCAUGAUUCCGGGAAUGGGAAUUCCUCAGCAACAAAUUUCUGGAGACCAUAUGGAUUCUGGGUUUGGCCUAAUCAACCAGGACCACAAUUCAGCUCCAGCAGGCCCGGCUCCUCUACCACCCCGUCCGAGUCACCCAGCACCAAUAACGAAACCCCAAGUCGGUAGCGAGGAGUGGCACAGAGUUCGCAAGGACAAUCACAAAGAAGUUGAACGAAGACGGAGAGAAACGAUCAACGAAGGAAUCAAUGAGCUGGCAAAGAUAGUUCCCGGUUGCGAAAAGAACAAAGGCUCGAUCCUCCAAAGAACCGUCCAGUACAUCAACGAAUUGAAGGAGGAACUGAAAAAGGUCAACAACGACAGAGGGGUCGAGAAGAUGUUAACCGACCAAGCAAUGCGAGACCUGAGCAAUGCCAACGAUAAGCUCAAGGCAGAGUGCGAAAGGGCUUGGAGAGAGGCUGAUACCUGGAAGAAAGUUGUUUCCUCAGCAGAGAACAAUAACGCCAACAGUGCAAACGUAGGCUCAGGAACCACUGCCCAGUCGUAG